GGGAGGUAUAAAACACGGGUAUCAACUAACACGAACUGUGGUUGAGGAGAUUUGAUAUUUACAGCUGAGGCGUGUGGUCGGAACACAACAGUAGUCAUGAGGGAAAUCGUACAUAUGCAAGCUGGCCAGUGUGGCAACCAAAUUGGAGCCAAGUUCUGGGAGGUGAUCUCAGACGAGCACGGCAUUGACCCCACCGGCACCUACCAUGGCGACUCCGACCUGCAACUGGAGAGAAUCAACGUCUACUACAACGAGGCUACCGGCGGCAAGUAUGUCCCAAGGAGUAUCCUCAUUGACCUGGAGCCCGGCACCAUGGAUUCUGUCAGGUCCGGACCUUUCGGGCAGAUUUUCCGGCCAGACAACUUUGUUUUCGGUCAGAGCGGAGCCGGCAACAACUGGGCCAAGGGCCACUACACGGAAGGAGCCGAACUCAUAGAUUCUGUUCUCGAUGUUGUCCGGAAAGAGGCGGAAAGUUGCGACUGUAUCCAGGGCUUUCAGCUCACUCAUUCAUUGGGCGGGGGGACAGGGGCGGGCCUGGGGACCCUCCUCAUCAGCAAGAUCAGGGAGGAGUACCCCGACAGAAUCAUGAACACAUUCUCAGUUGUUCCAUCACCCAAGGUGUCCGACACAGUUGUGGAGCCGUACAACGCCACCCUGUCCGUCCACCAGCUGGUCGAGAACACAGACGAGACGUACUGCAUCGACAACGAGGCUCUGUACGACAUCUGUUUCAGAACCCUCAAGCUGACAACCCCCACCUACGGUGACCUCAACCACCUCAUCUCAGCCACAAUGUCAGGGGUGACUACGUGUCUCAGGUUCCCAGGCCAGCUCAACGCUGAUCUGAGGAAGAUUGCGGUUAACAUGGUGCCCUUCCCACGUCUUCACUUCUUCAUGCCUGGGUUCGCUCCCCUUACCUCCAGGGGGAGCCAGCAGUACCGUGCCUUGACCGUUCCUGAACUCACACAGCAGAUAUUUGAUGCCAAGAACAUGAUGGCAGCAUGUGACCCCAGGCAUGGUCGCUACCUCACUGUCAGCUCCAUCUUCAGGGGAAGGAUGUCCAUGAAGGAGGUGGACGAACAGAUGUUGAACGUACAAAACAAGAACAGCAGCUACUUCGUGGAAUGGAUUCCCAACAACGUCAAGACUGCCGUCUGCGACAUCCCGCCACGUGGUCUCAAGAUGUCGGCCACGUUCAUUGGAAACACCACGGCCAUCCAGGAACUGUUCAAGCGGGUGUCUGAGCAGUUCACAGCCAUGUUCCGCCGCAAGGCUUUCCUCCACUGGUACACGGGCGAGGGCAUGGAUGAGAUGGAGUUUACUGAAGCAGAGUCGAACAUGAACGACUUGGUGUCGGAGUACCAGCAAUACCAGGAUGCCACCGCAGAGGAAGAGGGGGAAUUUGACGAAGAGGAGGAAGCAGAGGAAGGGGCUUAAAAAGUCACAUGAUCACCGAGUUUCUUUGAGAAAGACACUGACCAUCCGUCCAAGACUUGUUAAUAUCUGUUGACAUUCCACUCAUAUUUAUAGAAGUACAUUUAUUUACAAAAUUGGUAUAGCCUGCCGAAACAUGUUAGCUGUGUUGUAGAAAGACUCUGUGCUGGUAACAAUUGAUAACAAUAGGCAGUUUCGUUAGUUUUCAUAACUUAUCAGUUUUGUCUUAAUAUAUUCGUCAGCUACGCAAUAUUAACAUUAAAACAAUAACUGAUGCCCCCUCA